CUGUGUGGUUGGUAGCGACAUUCACGACGUUUUGCGACAUUGCCGUACGUGGACGCUCAACUCUCCCGGGUGAGAUACCGGCUGAGCGGCGCAGUUGCACAGAAAUAUCAAAGAAAGCGACUGGUAGUCCAAUAACACUCUGCACUUUUUGUCAGAUCAAAAGCACACGUGGUUUAUACGUCGUUUCAGCUGCCCGUAAUCGCGCGCGGUAAAUGUGGACUCUUUAGUUGAGCUGAAAGCGACGCGAGGGAAGGCAACUAAUUGUCUAAACGGGGCUUGAAGUAAGUUGCCUCCCCAGCGGCGCUUUAAAGGGAAGCCACAGCCCGGAUCCCCAGAAUAACGGUGAAAAUGGACUAUGAUUUCAAAGUGAAGCUCACCGGGGAGAGAGAACGAGUCGAGGAUCUCUUUGAGUACGAGGGAUGUAAAGUUGGACGGGGGACAUAUGGCCAUGUGUACAAAGCAAAGAGGAAAGAUGGGAAGGAUGAUAAAGAUUAUGCUCUGAAGCAGAUUGAAGGCACAGGGAUCUCUAUGUCCGCCUGCAGAGAGAUAGCACUGCUGCGUGAACUGAAGCACCCCAAUGUGAUCUCACUGCAGAAGGUUUUCCUGUCACAUGCAGACCGCAAAGUGUGGCUUCUCUUUGACUACGCUGAACAUGACCUCUGGCACAUCAUCAAGUUCCACAGAGCCUCCAAGGCCAAUAAGAAGCCUCUUCAGCUGCCCCGUGGGAUGGUAAAGUCAUUGCUCUACCAGAUCCUGGACGGCAUCCACUAUUUGCACGCCAACUGGGUCCUGCACAGAGACCUGAAACCUGCAAACAUAUUGGUAAUGGGAGAAGGUCCUGAAAGAGGACGUGUGAAGAUAGCUGAUAUGGGUUUUGCACGGCUCUUCAACUCACCACUGAAGCCUUUAGCAGAUCUGGACCCUGUAGUUGUUACGUUCUGGUACAGAGCACCAGAGCUGCUGCUGGGAGCCAGGCAUUACACCAAAGCCAUCGAUAUAUGGGCGAUUGGCUGUAUCUUCGCUGAGCUUUUGACCUCAGAGCCUAUCUUCCACUGUCGACAGGAGGACAUCAAGACCAGUAAUCCCUACCAUCACGAUCAGCUGGACCGGAUCUUUAAUGUCAUGGGCUUUCCUGCAGACAAAGACUGGGAGGACAUUAAGAAGAUGCCGGAACACUCUACGUUGAUGAAAGACUUCAGGAGGAAUACAUACACUAACUGCAGCCUUAUAAAGUAUAUGGAGAAACAUAAAGUCAAACCUGACAGCAAAGCAUUCCACUUGCUGCAAAAGCUGCUUACUAUGGACCCAAUCCGCCGAAUCACAUCUGAGCAGGCCAUGCAAGACCCGUACUUCCUGGAGGAGCCUUUACCCACGUCUGAUGUCUUUGCUGGCUGCCAGAUUCCUUAUCCCAAAAGGGAGUUCCUGACGGAAGAGGAGCCGGAAGACAAGGCAGAUAAAGUAAGAAAUAAAAACCAGCAGCAACAACAGCAGGGGAACAACCACACCAAUGGGGCGGGGCACACAGGUAACCCUGACAACAGCCACGCACAAGGCCCGCCUCUGAAGAAGGUGAGAGUGGUUCCGCCCACUACUACCUCAAGUGGCCUGAUCAUGACCUCAGAUUACCAGCGCUCCAAUCCACAUGCUGCCUACCAGAACCCAGGACCAAGCACAUCAUUGCCCCAAAGCAGCAUGGGAUACUCCUCUACCUCCCAGCAGCCUCCACAGUACUCACACCAGACCCACCGCUACUGAGUCAGACCAUGCCCCCCACCCCACCCCCCUUCACAGUGCCCAAUAGGGAGAAUGUACUUAGGGAGGCGGGUGUGGACCUGAGCCGAACCGCCCUCUUACCCCACUGGGCGCUUUGCUGUGCAGCAUUUCCAUAGAGACACCGCAGGAACAAUAACUGUAUACCUAACAUAACAACUAUCACCGUAUCAUACAGCCAACAUUAUACUCCGCUGACAAAAGGAGAAAAAAAUAAAAUAAAAUAAAUAAACUUUAAGUGAAAACAAAUGAAAAAA